CGCGAUACUUCAAUCGACAAGCGAACCCAUCGGCUACUUCCUGACUGUGACCAAUCACUGACCAAUCAGGCCUUCAGGAUGCCCAAGCCACCAUUCGGCGAUCCGCGAACUUGUUCGAGUCGGGAUUCACCACUUCGCUAACUGGCAAUAUGUGGAUGGGCGUUGUUGGGGCAACAUCUGGCAACAUACUAUGAGUGUAUCACAGCUAUGGUCAUACCAUGCUAUUCAAUGCCCCGCUCACACGCUGCGACGUCUCAAAGCCGUCAACUGCCGCCACACACUUCAGAUGGACGAGAACGCACAAAAAUGUCCUCGCUUGGGCCCCGUGCUUGAGCCCAAGGUACGUAUGCACAUCCUUGUAUCGCAUCAUUGGCUCGCACAUAUAGAUCUCGGCAAAUCCUGGCAAAUAGAAGCGGUCAGAGUGUUCGCCAUGGCCUUGCGAUGGCGACAAAGCGAGAUGUGGCGCUUGUCUUCGAACAAUUGCAUGGCCACCUAACCACCCGCGCAGAGCCAAUUGAAUUUGCUCCUCCUGCUGUAUAACAACGCCGCCUCAUCUCGCGGUCUCCCCACCCGAGACCAUCAGGUACACAUACAUCAUGCAUGAAACAAAGCCACCGUGGUGCCAGGUGGUUGUGGCUUGAACCCAUCGACAAAGCAACAAGGUCUGUGUGGUAUAUAAACGGGAGGUCAUGGCGAGGUUCCCCCACUUCUUCUCUUCACUCCCGCAUAUUGUUAUCACUGUGGCCCCCUUCAAUCAACAACGCUAUCAUGACUGCCCCCCACGCUCCUUUUAUCUGCACUAAGACU